AUGUCUAGCGUUCAUUUGCUACAACUGCCUCCAGAAAUCUUAGCGCAUAUUUUUAUGAACCUUGAAUUACAAGACAUACGGAAUCUGAUGUUUUCUAAUAAAUUCUUAUUAAAUAUCAUUUUAACAAAUAAUAGCUUAUGGAAGUCUAUUUGUAAGAAUCAAUUGCUUGUAAGAAGCAGUUCAGAUAACAGAAAGCCUAUCGCCCUUUCUUGUUACAAUCGGUAUCGCAUAUCAAAAAAUUGGUGUUCAGGAGUUUACAGAAAGAAGCUAAUCAUACAACAUCAAGUAAAUUAUAUGCCUUGGUUAAUAUUUUAUGAUUCUGAGGCAUUACUCUUAUCAGAAGGAUCUGAGCUCAAGUGUUUCCCUACUGACAAAAAAGGUCUUCCUGUUUGUAAAGAAUCAUCAUGGAAACUAGAAUCACUACCUGUUAAAAGAAAUGACAUACGCACUAAUGAUAUAUCAAGAUUUGUUGUCAAAGAUAAUCUAAUACUUUGUGGAAACAGAGAUGGAAAUGCUACUAUGUAUAAAUUUGAUCAUAUAAGACAGAAGCCUACAUACUUGUGCCAUAUUCGAGAUUGCAUUGAAAACGGUCUGGUGGAAGUGUCUACAGUGGAAAUGAUCACUAGUCCUGCAAACUGUUAUAUUUUAACUGGCUCAAUGUACAGUUCCAAUCUUGCUCAUUGGAAAUAUGAAAUUGAUGAGACCAAUUCGAAAGUAUCUUGCUGUUAUUAUGCGGUAUUAAACUUAUCUGAUGGAGUUGGCAUCAGGUGUUUAAGCGUGCACAAAGAUAUGGUGGCCAUUGGUCCUAAUGGAAACAGUAAGCCACUUUUGUUAGAUAUGAAUACUCACCAAUUAGUGUUUUCUCCUGAUGCCACUACGAAAACUAGACAGAUUGUUCGUGACAUCAGAUGGCAUGAUGAAAAUACACUAUUAUACGUAACGCAUGCUGGCAAAUUGUCAUUGGCAGAUAUAAGGUCAGCCACCGUGGUGUAUAAUGCAAUGGAUCCAUUCCAAUCGAGUAUGUAUUGCGUGAAGUCGGACGGCGACCGAACGAUAAUCGUAGGUACCGCCGAAAAUUCUCGCGUCGUCUUUUUUGAUGUUAGAAACAAUGCGUGUCAAACGCAAAUGUACUUUACUCAGAAGAGGUCAUCGCCCAUAUAUAGUUUGGAUUUUGAUUCUACGAAACUAAUAGCCGCAGCAGAUCGAAGCGUAGCCGUCUUAAAUUUCAAUGUAAAUGCAUCAUCAACAUUUCAAAGAGACUAUUCUCAGAGAUUUCAUAUAUUUUGA